AUGAGUGAAUAAUUGGAUUUGCUUCUCUUUCCAGUUGAAAUUGUGGUAUUUUGUGCUUUGGCUUUUGGAAUAUUCAAGUUAAAGAAGAAAUUACCAAAUUUAUUGUUUCCUUGCUCUGGUGUAACUAUGUUUUUACCUCCUGAUGGUGAAGAUCUUAAAGAAAGCAAAGAUAAGAAAAUUAAGACAUUGGUUUAAAUGAAAACUAUGACAAGCUAAGCCUAACACUUUUAAUAAGUUCCUUUUGCUAAUGACAUGGAAAUUACAAUGUUAUUUAUCUAUAUGUUAUUUGCAUAAUUUGUUAUAGUAGAGAUAAUGAAAAUGAUAGGUUCAGCUUUAGGAUAUUAUGUAAUUGAUAGUGGAAUGCUAUUUUAUUUUGAUGGCAUCAUAGUAAUAAUGAUAAUAAGUAAUUAUAUUUUAUAAGGUAUAGGGAAUAUAUAUAAAGCUGCUACAAUUGGAGGUUAUGAUUCAUAAUAAACAAAGAUGUCUAUUGUAAUUUGUAUUAUUUCUAUUUUGAUAACAAUCUUUAUAAAUUUGGGAUUCAAAGAUUUCUUAAAUAUUAAUAUGAGACAUGAAUUUUAAAGAAUGGCUGUUCAUCUUGAAAUUGUACUUAGAACUUUUUUAUAACCAGGAGUCUGGUCAUUUAUGGGAUAAUUUGGAGAUUUAUUUGUAAUUGUAUUGGCUAUGAUGGUUUCAAUAAUAAUAUUUUGCAUAUUACCAAUUUUAAUUAGAUUUGGAAAUUGUUUCACAGAAUUAAAGAAUAGUUUAUCUACAGAUAAAUCAUAAGCAAAAUUUUUUUAUUUGAUUGCUGGAUAAUUAAUUGCACAUAUAAUCUAUAUAGCUUUAUAUAUUAAACCUUUAAUUUAAAAUAUUGAUUAUGUGUUUCAUUUUCAAUUUUUAGCAAUAAUUAUAAUUGCCAUAUUAUAAAUUAUGACAUAUACUAUGGAAAUGGAUAAACAUAUGGCUAAAGGUUGUGAUUGGAUUAUGAUACUUAAAGAUCAACCAGAAUAAUAGGAAUAUGUUAAAAAAAGAGUAGAAGGUUUAUUAAGAGGAUUUGUUAUUGUAGCUUAUCAAUUACUAUCAAAAAUAGCUAUUCCAAUAUUAUUAUUUAUGAUUUUGUUAUUAAAGAAUUCAUAAAUACCAGAGAGUAAUAUUAGAUAUAAUUAUCUACCUGCUAAUUAUGAAUAAAAUGAAAUGUAUUGUGUUAAAGAAAAUAUAAUAAUGAUGGACUAUUUAUUUGAGAAUAAAGAUGAUCCAAUUGAAGAUGGUAAUUAUUAUUAUUUAAUUAUUAUUUUUAGUUAAUUUAGAUCCAUCAAAAAUAAUAAUGAAAAGGAUUACUAAAUAUGGUAUCUUUACAAAAUCCUUUGUUUAUACAUUUAUAGAAUUCAUUCUAUUCAAUUAUUAUUUUAUUAGUUUAGUGCUAUCAAUAUUUUACAUCUUCUUCCUCAAUAAGACUUAAGCUGUUAAACAACCUUAAAAGAAGAAAAAAUAAUGA